CUUCGACAUGAUCCAAUUUUAUUUACGGAACUUCAACAUCUAAAAAUAGAGAGCUUUUCAAAUUACACACAAAUGCGCAAUCGCUGAUUUUAUGGAAACGAUACACUCGACUUGAGAAUAACAAUAAUAUAGACCCAACCAGGUUAAAAACAAUAUCACACUCUUAAAAACCAAUGGCGCCGGUCGAGGGCAGACACCUAUACGAUCAACUCGCUUCAUCAUCAAUGAGUUCGUCAGAGUCUCAAUCUCAAUCUCCGGAACCACUUGUUGCCCCCUCUCUCUUCACCAAGUUCACUGAGCUCCCACCUGAGCUGCGGCAUCAGAUAUGGCGCAUGGCCCUCCCCGUACCUGGCAUCAACUUCUUCAACGUUCAUUGCAUACCAAACGACCAUCCCGGUACCAACCGGAGCACCUCUCCUUCGUGGUUGUAUUUGGACCUGCGGCGCUUAUCCAUCGAUGAUGACGACGAGACGGUCUCCGAGUACGAUCCUUCGGCGUGGCAGGCCAGAGAGAUUUUAUGCCGCGUAUGUCGAGAAGCCCGCGACGUGUGCUCUCUCUCUCCAGCCGAGGCCGCAGCUAUCACGCUAACUCGUCCUCGGCGUGGUUUAUUUGUGAGAGCGGCAGAUGGCCAGCUGCGGGAGCUAACCCCCGUACGUCGACGCUCAAAUUUCACAGGCGAGGAGCCUGAUCAGUCCGAGGAGAAAGAGCAACAGGACGAUCAUCCAGAACCGUUGGAGCGCCGGACUGUCCGCGUCCACGUCGAUGACGUGCUUUGUCUCUCUAUCGAAAAUUGUAGCUUCAACCUCCCAUUUGAGGAGACUCCUGUGGCGAACGGAGGGGGGUUUGUCGGUGAAACGUUUCCUUAUUAUAGCAGGGUAUCAGACGACGACGAGGAUGAUUUGGGAUGGACUUACGACCCUCAGCUGACUCCUCUCCUGCCAGCUGCUAUCAGACGGUCAAGGAUGUGCAUCGAGAUGGCUCGCGGCGGCCGGAUCGCUCUCCAAGUUGCCGACGAAGUACUCCGGGAUAUGUUAUCGUUUUCUCAGAAUCGGAAUAUGAAGCCGUGGGAGAUGCUUCAUCAGGUGCCUCUGGUCAUGUUUGACGCUUCAAAACAGGAGCUGGGUCAACGUCGAGUUGAGGAACUUACCCCUUGGGACGAGGUGUUUUGGGACCGGCACGGAGACCGCUACGUUGCUCUCCCGUGGAGUUCGACGGACCUGCUUGCUGACUACAAACUCACCAAGGUGUGGCCCGAGACUAAUGACAUCAGGGUCCGAUAUCUGCGGUCCGCGAUGUUGCAGUCGCCAAAGCGGCCUGCUAAUCGACCGUCUUAAAGGCGUAUUCGCUUCGUAACGUGUUGCGGUAUGGAUAGAUUAAACGGUAAGGCUAUUCAUUUCACAAUACCUUGAACACUAAACCACCAGGCAGUAAAUCAGGGCCAUUUAUGUAUUUGAUAGCGAAUCCUAGCUUAGUUGGCUAGGUACAUUUAAUUGAUAUGAAGUAGAAUAAUAAUGCGUAGGGCUGAUCUGAUAAAAUAAAGACCCUAUAGAAUAAUACAUUUACAACGUUUUGCUUAUAUUCCAAUCCUGUGUAAAA